AUGGCCCAGCAGUCGAAUGAGGGGCAGACAUGUGUCUCGCUCAAGGGAUCACAACAAUGCCCUUCCUUCCAAGACGCGUACAUCAACCCGCAAAAUCUGUCCGAAGCUUGGCCAUGGAUUUCAGGCGUCACCGACGUUCAAUCCUUCGAUGAGCAAUUCGAUCAGUACUUCUCCGAUCCAACACGGUACCACGCGACCAAGUUCCAGCGUCAGCUGCAGUGCAACAGCACAAACGCCAACAAUGCCGCCCUGCAGUACCAACGUACGAUCUUGUGCGGCCAGUUCAGCCAGAUCAGCUACUCUGCUGGCUGCAACAUCGCAAACAAGGCGGACCCAAUCAUGGUGUGCCGAGACACCUGCUUCCAGUACUCUAAUUCUGAGUCGUCACUGAUCAACAACCCGCAAAUCUGCUCGCCAAAUGAUGCGCUCACAUCGACACAGAAGCAGACCCGCACAUACAACCUUCGCAAGGACUUUGCUGCCUGCACUGACUGGACUAGCCUGACCUCGACCAACAACCAGACCUGUGUAUUGGGUAUCGAGAACGAAGGCAACUGCGGCUGGGGUCCUGAAGUUAACAACCAACUCUGCGAAUACUGCGACCCUUCCGGAAAUAAACCGGUCUCUCCUUGCUGCUACGACAGCAAAACGGACUUAAGCCAGUGCUCUAUGUUCGGCCACCCGCUGGCCGCUGCGAUCCGCCCAACCAUGAGCGUGCAGACCAACAUUGGCGCCUCUGCCACCUCCGUCGUACCGUCGUCCACAAAUGCUGCGGCUGCGUCCUCCGGUGAUGCCACACAGAGUGGCCUCUCAGGCGGUCAGCUUGCAGGCGUCAUUGUAGGCUCUGUCGUUGGUGCGCUUUUGCUAGGUGUCCUUCUCGCUGCUCUUGUCUUUGCCCGCCGAAGGCGCUCUCGCGACCCCGAGAAGAUUACCAGCGCCGCAGGUGCCGGCGGCGCGAUCUAUACCCAUAACGAGCCGAGCGAGAAGGCUGGCGUUUCCGGCUGGAAGGCAUCGACGGACACGGGCAACGCAAGCAGCCCUCCGCAAAAGAUGCUUUCAUCCGACGGAGGACCAUCUCCCUUUGGCGCCGCUGCAGGCGGUGCAGGCGUUGGCGUGGCGGAAGGUGCCAUCGGCGUAGGUGCAGCCGCGGCUGGCAGCAAGGACUCGGAAGACCGGCCUCUUAGCCAGAUGAGUAACGCGACCAGCAGUGACGGACGCGGGACGACGGUGCCAAUGGUCAAGGACCAGUACUCUGGUCAUGAGAUCCGUCCACAAGACACAGUUGUCGCCAUUUACCCGUACACGGCGUCGUUAAACGAUGAGCUGACGCUCGAGCCAGACGAUGUCGUCACGGUUGUCCGGCUCUAUGACGACGGCUGGGCGCUCGGAAAGAUGAGCAACGGCCAGGAGGGUGCCUUUCCCAUGGUUUGUGUGACCAGCAGCAAAGGCGACGCACCGCGCACGAGCGACGAUGGCGGCUAUACGAGCCAGGGAGGCGUCACCACCUCGAGUAUGGAUGGCGCUGUCACCGCCGACGAGGGUUUCACCUCUGACGCCAGGAGCGCCAGGUCGCGGUGA